CUGGGGGCGGAGGCGGAGGCGCGGGAGUUGUGGCGGGGGCGGGCUCUGCAGGGAAGUGCGUCAGAGGAGGCGCGGGGGGAGCGGGGUGCUGUGGUCAGAGCUUAAGGGUGAAGCUGGCGGAGCAGGAGGAUGGGCGAGCAGUGUGAAUGCCAGGAUGGAUAACCGUUUUGCUACAGCAUUUGUAAUUGCCUGUGUGCUUAGCCUCAUUUCCACCAUCUACAUGGCAGCCUCGAUUGGCACAGACUUCUGGUAUGAAUAUCGAAGUCCAGUUCUAGAAAAUUCCAGUGAUUUGAACAAAAGCCUCUGGAGCGACUUUGCUAGUGACGAAGCAGACGAAAAGACUUACAGUGAUGCACUUUUUCGAUAUAAUGGCACAAUGGGAUUGUGGAGACGGUGUAUCAGUAUACCCCAAAACGUAUAUUGGAAUAACCAAGAAAGGACAGAAUCAUUUGAUGUGGUCACAAGAUGCAUGAGUUUAACGCUAACUGAGCAGUUCAUGGCAAAAUAUGUUGAUCCUGGAAACCACAAUUCUGGGAUUGAUCUACUUCGAACCUAUCUUUGGCGCUGCCAGUUCCUUUUACCUUUUGUGAGUCUAGGUUUGAUGUGCUUUGGGGCUUUGAUUGGACUUUGUGCUUGUAUCUGCCGAAGCUUGUACCCUGCCAUUGCCACAGGCAUUCUCCAUCUCCUUGCAGGUUUGUGCACAUUGGGCUCGGUGAGUUGCUAUGUUGCUGGAAUUGAGCUACUCCACCAGAAACUGAAGCUGCCUGAGAAUGUGUCCGGUGAAUUUGGAUGGUCCUUCUGCCUGGCCUGCGUCUCAGCUCCCUUACAGUUCAUGGCUUCUGCUCUCUUCAUCUGGGCAGCUCAUACCAACCAGAAAGAGUACACCUUAAUGAAGGCAUACCGUGUGGCAUGAGUGGGAAACUAGCUGCUGUACAAUUGCCAUUUUUAUUAUUUUUUAAGAGUAAUAUUUUCUCUCCCCCAAUUUUUUUUAAUUUAACUAUUUUUUUUUGCAAAUAUAUCACUCUAUCUUGAAAAUCCAUUUUAUUUAUUCACACAUUUGUUUUUUGAUACAACUAAAAUUUAUAUGCAUUACUCUGAGUGAUUUCAUAUUUCAGACUAAUCUAGGGUCAGAGUCUUGACUAAAGGAAAUGGGUAGAUACUUGGCACAAUAUUGUGAAAGAUAACUGAUAGUGGGAAAUUGACCUAGAACAAGUUCUGCUGAUGUCUGUUAGACUUUUCAGUAAAGUAAUUAUAUUCACUGAACUGGAAAUUUUAUUUUCAUUGGGAAACCUCAUUAUUGUCAAAACUUAUGUUCACUUUGCUGAGUUAUUCUGUUUUAAAAAACUUAAGCUACAUAUAUAGGGAAAUUAUGUAAGAUAUUUUUUCCUAAAUAUUGGCAUAUAACUUCAUUAAGAUGAAAUAUGGCAGCUGUUGAUCUACACCGUGUCUAUCUAUAAGAAAAGAGGUGAAAAUAAUCUUACUUACUUGAAAUUUUAACUUUGGAAUGACAGGAAUUCCAAUUCAGCCAGAUAAGAAGAUUAACCUUAUUUUACUUUUUAAAAAAAAUCUCCGUAGUGUGUCAUAGGAUUUUCGGUACCACCAAAACAUUUGGAUUUUUGCUUCUUCUCCCUUAAUACAAGAAUGCUUUCUUUUUAAUACUACGUUGGGUUCACAGAGUAAAAUUCUUCAACUCCUAUCUCUUUAUUUCAACUAAGUACCAUAAAGAACGUUCCACCAUAAAGACCCUCUGGAGUUAGAAAAACUACCACAACCACCUGGUCGUUAACUUCCAAACAUGGUCUUUAUUUCUUGUGGUGAAAUGAUGUGCCUUUCCUUGCCUAAGUCCCUUCCUGGUGUGUAUCAGCAUUAUUUAAUGUCUUCUAAUUCAGUCAUUUUUUUUAUAAAUAUGUCUAUAAACAUUGAACUUUGAAAAAUCUUAUUUAUUUAUUUCAUUACUGUAGCACUUGACAGAUUUUUUGAAAAAUGUAACUUAGUGAUUUCUUACAAUAUCCUAAAUCUGUCUUUUAUAUAAAAUAAAAUUAAAAAUGAGAA